AUGACCAUCUUCCGCCCCUGCAUAGACCUGCACUCGGGCCAGGUCAAGCAGAUCGUGGGCGGCACUCUGGACGAGAAGACCCCGGGCUCGCUCAAGACCAACUUCGUCUCGCCUCACCCGCCCGCACACUUCGCAAAGCUGUACCGGGACAACGGCCUUCAUGGCGCUCAUGUGAUAAUGCUGGGCCCAGGAAACACGCAGGCCGCGCGCGAGGCGCUGGCUGCAUGGCCGGGCGGGCUGCAGGUCGGCGGCGGCAUCAACGACACCAACGCCGCCGAGUGGAUCGACGCCGGCGCUGACAAGGGCAAGUUCAGCCAGCCGCGCCUCGACGCCGUCCUCGGCGCCCUGGGCGGCGAUAAGGCCAAGCUGGUCAUCGACCUGAGCUGCCGCCGCCAGCAGGGUGAGGGCGACGCCGAGCCCAGGUGGUACGUGGCCAUGGACAAGUGGCAGACCAUCACCGACAUGGAGGUGAACCAAGAGUCCAUAAAGAACCUGGAACCCUACUGCUCCGAGUUCCUCAUACACGCCGCCGACAACGAGGGUCUGCAGCGUGGGGUCGACGAGCUGCUCAUCACCAGACUGUCCCAGUGGUGCAAUAUCCCCGUGACCUACGCCGGUGGUGGCCGAAACCUCCAGGAUCUAGAUAACGUAGCCAGGCUGAGCCGCGGCACAGUUGACCUUACCAUCGGCAGCGCUCUGGACUGCUUCGGUGGUAGCGGCGUGAGGCUGGAUGAGUGUGUCGAGUGGAAUCGACGACAGGCAACAGCGCAGCGGUCCUAA